AUGAUGCUACUAGUGCAAUUUCUUGCCGUAGUAGUGUCCGCUACUCUCGCUUCACCCGCAGUUCCAGCUGCCCUUCCCGAAGACUACUCGCAAAAUUUAAAUAUGAAUGAUGUCAAUGACCAAGUGAUAAUUCCGCAAAAGCGUGCUGCAUUGGUGCUUGAUCGGCUGCUAGUGGCGCUACAGAGGGCAUUACACGAAGGGGGCGGACAGCGCUACGACAUGGAGCGCGAAGGGCCGCGAGCAGCACCGCUACGCGUUUCUAGCAUGGAGACUAGUGACUUGUCUGCUCUUCAACGGCGCGGGCAGGGCUCCGGUCGAGGACGAGUGCUUCGGUGCUAUUUCAACGCUGUGACAUGCUUCUAA